AUGGCGUCGCCUCUGACUCCCCCACGCGCACAUUCCUGUUCGGCCUUCCCGUUUCUCACGGAACAGGAAUUCGAAAGCGCCUGCUGCUUUCUGGUUGACCGUCUCCACUUGCUGGGUGAUUCGCCUGCUGUGGGAUGCUGGUCGUCAAUCCAACUGACACGCAAGGCAACCGGUCCGAUUUUGAAGAUAUCACAAAACAUUGAUAUUAAUCAUCAUGACGAGGACCUCAUGGGGUCUGACCGGCUUGACGAAUCGCAGCUGGAGCUCCACGAAGAUGAUCCAGAGGCCCUCGUUCGCAGAUCUGAUCCCCGUGCCCGCCUACAGGUAAACUAUGAAAUUAUCCUCUCUUCCACAUAUCAGGUGCCUGUUUUAUAUUUCACAUUACGGCAUGAUAGCCAUCCGGGACCGCUGGGAUUAGACGCUGUUUACCGGUAUCUCGUAUCGGACCAGCAUACAAACGAGCUCCAAAGUGUUGGUGUCAUGGGAAGUAUUAGUUUUGGCUACCAUCCAGAAUCCGGGACCCCCGCAUCUUUUGUUCAUCCAUGUAACACUGCGGACGCUAUGAGGUGCAUCGCAGGGCAGCAGGCCGUCGACCCCGAUACUUAUCUCAUCAUCUGGCUCGGGCUGGUGGGCAGCCGUCUUGGUCUCCAUUUACCGUCUGCCGUCUUCGUCGCCAAUGAUCAGGCUCGGACCCAAGGCAAAUAA